UGAGCGGAACAGCGGCGUUUCAGGGAGCUGGCUGUGUGUCGGUAAAGUUACCGGAGGAUGGAGCUCCUUUAACGGAACUCCAAACUGCUCCUGACAGACUGAGAGUAACGUGCACGGUUCCUUCAGACACAGCUCUGUCUUGCUGGUCUUCCUGCUGGACGGUCUUGUCUGUGUCCGUCUGACGGUGCACCGUGUCGGCUCUGUAGUUCUCUGCUGGCUCCGUUAGCUCUGGAAAAACUGCUUCAGGUCCUGUUAACAGUCCGCCAUGUGUGUGUGAACUUUAUUCUGUUUUCAUGUGUUACGCUCAGUGGACACGGUUCAGUCUUUAAUGUCUUUAAUGUCAAACUUCUGCUGCCAACACGAAGAUGGUCAAAGUUUAUUGGAGCGUGAAAAUGAAGCAUCUGAGCUGCUGAUUGAAGCUCAUCUCCACUUUGUUGUCUCUUGAUGUUUGGCUUCCACAAACCGAGGAUGUACCGCAGUCUAGACGGCUGCUGCAUCUGCAGAGCCAAGUCUUCCAGCUCCCGCUUUACUGACAGCAAACGCUACGAAACCGACUUCAGGAGCUGCUUCGGACUUGGAGAGGUGCGUUGUGGAGACAUCUGUAAUGCCUGUGUUCUCCUAAUCAAGAGAUGGAAAAAACUUCCAGCUGGAUCCAAGAAGAACUGGAGUCAUGUGGUUGAUGCGAAAGCUGGAUCGAGCGUGAAGGCCACGCUGAAGACCAAGAGGAUGAAGAAGAAGCUGAGACCGAGUCAGAUUAUUCGAGUACAGAGCGAGCUGAAAAGAAGCAACUCAGACGCCCACAGCACUACCUCCAGUGCCUCACCUGCACAGUCGCCCAGUUACAGCAACCAAUCAGACGAGGGCUCAGACACAGAGCUUUCACCUGGCACCUCCCCACAACCAGCCUUCUCCUUCCUGGACUUGACAUACUGGAAAAGACAGAAGGUGUGCUGCGGCAUUGUGUACAAGGGACGCUACGGAGAAGUGAUCAUCGACCCCCAUCUGUACAAGCCCUGCUGUCAGAGGAAACCCCAGCUGCACCAGAAACAGGUGCCGGAGGAGGAGGAGGCAGCAGUGAGCAUGUUUCCACCCCCAACACCAAAAGAAGAAGAGGUGGAGGAGGAUGGUGAUUGCAGCACAGAGUUGGUAUAGUUUUCACUGAUAGACUGACAAACAAUGCGACACUGAUGGCUGUUAACAGUCAACCAAACUCGACACAAACGGUCCAAACCAAGCCUCACUGUAGUUCUUCAAUGUUUUAAAGUUGCUGCUAUCCUGUCAGACAUUUUUCUAACCUUCAGACUGGUUCUGUUUUCAGUGUCUUGGCUUGCUGUGAGAUUCUGUUACUGCAAAUACUUUAUUUUGCUCUCUGUUUGAAAUGCUGGAUUUCUGAUUGCUGCAUGGAAACCUGGAGACCUCUGAGAUUCACUCUUUACUCUUGGAUGGAGCUGUACAUUGGAGCUUCCACUCUCUGCCUUUCCUCUUCUUGAUGUCAAAAGUUUUAUUGCUUAUUACAAACCAUAUGCGUGGGUUUCUGUGAAGAUGAGUAUCUACAUGUCCAGUUUGUUGUGAUGGGAUUUAGCAGUGUUUCAGAGCUAGCAAGGUGCUAGUGGUUAGCUGCUCCAUUCUGACUGUGGCUGGAGAGCUAAUGUUUGCACUAGCCAGCCUCUUUAACAUAACCAACUUAACCUAACCAGCAUAUAGGGCUGUCACCUCCUUUGGAAAGUUAACUUCGAAUGGUAAUUCUAAAACUAGACUAAGUGGUAGGAUUAACUUCACAUUCAUUUGUGGCAUCUCCAUUCUUCUUAACUCUGACCCCCCUUAUUCGCUCCGGUUACUGUGGGUUCAUUUUUACUCACUGCAAUAUAAAUAUAAUAUAAAUAUAUAAAGUCCUGCAUCUCUAUGGAAAUAGCACAACCACAACUGAAAGCAGACAAGUCAAAAACAUGUCUUCUUGCAGUAUGACACAAUUAGAAUGCCCUAAACUAUUACAGUUUUUCUCGAUUGCUAAGACACAUUCCUGGAAAGCUGUUCUCCUUUUCCCUAAACUGUGAACACAAAACCCAAUUUUCAAGCUACAUUCACAAAACCUCUGACUCUUCUUGCAAAACCAAACUUUCACCCCAAAACAGUUCAAUCUGUGCUCAAAACUGAACUACGCUGUCAAAUAAUGCCUCAAGUCAAUCUAAAUUAAAUACUCUACUGAGUAGUCACUAAACACUACAUAGAAAAAAGGAAAACACAAAGCUCAGGACAUGAAGCGGUAGAAAUAAAUGUUUAUUUAGGCUAAAUGCAUGUUGCAAAACAAAGUACCUGGGCAUUUGUAACACUUGUACACAGAAAAAAGAAUUUGCAAAAAAAACAGAAAUCCUGUGCAUUUACAUGUAGCACUUGUACGUAAAAAUUAAGCACAAAAAUAUACAAAUGACGUACAAAGAAAAGAAGUGCAUUACUCUGCCACAGCAUCAUUUCUCCGUACUGGGUCAGGCCACAGGACUUCAUCUACAUCACAGGCCACAUUUUCUCUGGCCAGGCAAUGGGGGAAAAAAAACCCUGGCAUGCCGUAUCCAGGCUCCUCUUCUUAGAUUUCUAUCCAUUGUAGUGCCUCACAAACCAGUGCUCUGGCUUAUAUGUACCCUCACAUCAUUAGCCACAAGUGUGAUCAAUUUUGAGUUGUUGUGUUCAACCGCUGACGCCUGAGCUUUAACUGUGUUUGACUUUUGCCACCUGUGCUCACCAUUAUGCAACACAGGUGCAUCCCAAUGACAAUGUGUUGACAAGAUGUGUCUAAACACGUGAAAAGGGCUUAUGGUUUUGCCAAAAGAGUGACUGAUUGAAUAAGUGGGUUCAGGCAACUGAGAAUUUGGUUCAGACAAUAGGGUUUAGUGUUUUAGCAAUUGAGAAAAACUGUAAGAUUUGAAGUUGAUAUUCUUUAAUUAUUUAUUUUAUAAAAUUGAAUAAACCUGGAAUAAACAUGUCCAACAUUUUUACAAGUGCCCAUGAGUGAAAAUAUCGUGGCACUCCAUGCUAUAGAUAUUUAACUACUUCCCUCCUGUUCCUCUCUGCUCUGUGGAAACACAGCCUGUAGUCCCUAGAUUUUUGUUGACUAAUAUUUGGUCACAGCAGAGUCAGUCAUGGUUUCACUGACUGCAGAGUUUUGUUUGCACAGAAUCUGUUUUGGCCAGAUGUAAAGUGAAACAUGUAGAAUAAAGUGAUUUGGAUAAAAAAAAAUCACAAUUUUAACUGGAAAUUUCUUGACAGAAUGGAAUCCAGUUUGAAUCCAUUUUUGUUCUACAAUAUCUGGCUCUGGUUUCUAGUGUAAUUUUUGGCAGUUGUUUUAACGAUAGCAUACUCUUUAAAUCUGUCAGCUAUUUUUGGGGUUCAGAGGGUUAAGUGAUGAGCCAACAUAACUGUAAGACUUUGUCUGCAGUUUUACUUUUUGACUGUGAUUGUGAUGAACCCCAAGUGCUUCCCAUCUUUUUCUCUCUGAUGGUCGAAUGACACAGUUUUCAGAAUGGCUCACUUGCUUUCUCCAUUUUGCACCUUAGCCUUGGUUUCUCACUGGGCAAACAGUAGGUCAGACGUACACAGUUUUUUUCUUAGUUACAACUAGAUUUUUGAAUUUGAACACAUUACUAAUAGCCUAAUAUUUUAUGUUUUCCAACUGUAAUUAGAAUCUCAGAUUACAAGUUACAGACCUACUGAACAGUUUACUCCAGAGACAUACUAAAUGAGAACCACCAAAGGGAGCAACAAAGCACAGCUAAUGAGAUAGUUCCAUGCUUUAUGGACUCAGAGCCUCCACUUUCUGACCUCCACACCAAAGCUCCACCUGUUGCAAAGAAAAUUUACUCAGGAUUUUAUCAUGCAGUCAAAUUAGAUGUGACAUUAGAUUGAGAAACAACACACAUGCAGAUUCCACAGUUGGUUCAUCUGCACAGAAUAAUAGAUUAAUGCAGCUGUACCAAAACAUGAGGAGUUUCCUCGUUGUUCAUAGUAUUUGUGUCUCUGAAAGCUGUAAAUAAUGAAAGAUUCAAUACAUCCUUUUGAAUUAUUGCAAAACAGAAUAUGCAUUUAUGGUGCACAUAUUGUAUAUAGAAAGCACAAAGAAAUAUUCAGGGAGGCUUCCAGUCCAAACUGUCAAAGGAACCAUGAUAAGCUAAACAAACCCUCAGGAAGGUAAUGGAAGUGUCUCCUGACCUCUUGUUGCAGCAGCUUUUCCCGUCAUGUCAGACGGGGCUCAGUAGCAGUUUCUAUUUCUGAGACGAUAUCGUUCUACCCUCGGAGGACUGAUAGAUGAGUUGGAGGCCUUUCGAUGAACUGAGUUCUUGAAUUGUGGUUGUUUGCAGAACUUGUUUUACACAAAGCCAGGAGUAUUUUGCAUGUGCUGUAUUUUUGUUUGUUUUGUUAAAUUUGCCUUUUUGAUGUAAUAUUAUACAGCCUGAAUAUAUAUUUUUGUAUAUAUAUGAAAACAAGCAUCUGUCCACUCAGAGAUUGGAUGUCACCUGCUUCAAUCACCCUUCACUGGCGUUUUGAUUAACAACUACAGAAUGAAAUGUCAGGUAGAUCUAUAAUUACUGCUGUGUCCAGUCAGAUUUCAGGGAUUGUGGACACUAUUUGUAUUUCUUUGAACUUGUGAAAAGUUUGUUUUUUCUUCCCCACAAUGAUUUUAUUUUCAAUGGCAGUAUCAAAGCUUUACUUGAAGUAAAUUUGAAAUAAGGAAGCAUCUGGCAUGGCCAGCAGAGUUUUUCUUUUGAGGUGUUGUUUCAUAUGUUGGGUAGUUUUUGUCUGAAAUAAAGUAUUUAUUAACUUAAAUUUAAAGUAUUUUCACUACAACAAAAUUCAUUGCUUUUUUGUGGACAUGAAUACAGUUCAGGAUGUCUGUACGAUGCUGCCAUAAGGACCAAACACAGUUGAUGAUUGUAUUAUUUUAAACUCUACUUUUGUUUUUGAAACAUUGUAUUUACUAGUUGUAAUUUAGAGAUGUCUUUGUACUCCUGAUAUUUUGGGUAGAAAUGCAUCAUGGAUGUUGUUGUGAUUUACAUUAGCAUGUGAUGUAGGUCUAGCCUAGCCGCGCUAGACCCAGCUCUUAAGACACGAGGGUCUAGGAACGCUUGACAGGGAGGGAGGCGGGCUAAAAGGUUGUCUUUCAAAUCACUCUGCAGCAAUUGGGUAGGUAUACAACCAAUCAGCGCAACGAAUAGGCUGACGUAGUUCCUAGAUCGCCGGAUUGUGGCUAAGUCCCAUUAGCUUCCCAACCAGCAGAGCCAACUGGUAUAUUAAGGAUUUGCUUAUCCCGUCGGCAUAAGUCCAAAUACGUCUUUCUUCUCAAUGAAACACUUCAGUGCCGUCCUUUGUUUAUCUUUCAAAUUGAAUUUUAGCUUCAAAUCUUUAAGGGCUGUGGCCAAAGCCGAGUCGAAAGAUAACUGUUUAUUGUGCGCCGGUUGUUUCUGUCAGAAUCGUCGUGCCUCUGUCAUCACUUCGUUACGCCCGCCUUCUGACUCUACACUUCAUGGUGAUUCGUCCGGCCAGUUUUAGGAGCAUCCAACCUCUAGCCUUAUGGAGGGUAACUAGACCCUCCCUGGCAGAGAAUUAAAUUCGUUGCCGUGGGUUGUCUAGCGCGGCUAGGCUAAUGUAGGUCAGCACUUAGUCAAGACAUAUUUUAGCAGUGUGUCACAAAGAAAUAUACAACUCAUUUCAAUAAGGAACGUUUGUAUUUUUAUACACACUUGUAAUUUCUACAUGUUUAUUAAAUGUUAUUUGUCAUGUUGAAA